AUGGAAUAUAAUAUCUAUUCUAAUGAUAAUAGUGCAAAUGAAGCUAUUUUAGCUAUGUUAAAUGAGUUAAAUAAUAUAUUUUUUAUUGAAUAUUUAGAUUCUGAAAGCGAAGACAAAUUUGACUCUAUACCAGAUGAUGAAUCAGUAUCUGAUGAUGAUAUUCCUUUAAAUAAACUAAAUGAAUUCAACUUUUAUAUAUAUCAUUCUAAACAAUCUUGUUUUGGACAAAUUUGCUAUGAAAGAUUUCUUGCAUGUCGUACUGAAUUUGAAAGUUUAAAUAAAAAUAUACGAGAUAUGGUUAUUAAAGGACAACUUUCAGAUCUAUGUGAAACUUGUGAAACAAUAAAAAUGGAUAUUCAAUACACUACUCAAUAUAAAAAAAAAUUGGAAAUUACUAACAAUUAUUUGGCUUACUUAAAUCAUGCACAAGAAGAACGUAAUUACUAUAAUACAAAUAUUGUAAAUACUAUUGAAGAUAGUAAACAUAAUCCAAAUAUAGUUAAACCUUAA